AUGGUGGACUUGAAGAAGAAUGCCGACGAGAAGAAACAUAGUCAAAUGGAUGAAGUGGGAGAUAGGAUUUGUAGAUUAGUUGAGAGUGAGAGAUUGAAGAAUGUGGAUAUUGGGAGAUUGAAAGAUGAGAAUAAUGGACUUGUGUUGAAAGUUGAGGAAGAAAGGGAGAAAUGGUUGAAGGUUUGUUGGGAGAGGGAUGAAAUUGAGGAUAAUUAUGAUGGAUUGUUUAAGGAAAUAAGAGAUUUGAGAAAGAAAAUGAUUGAAAUGGAGAAGAAUGAGAAAAGAGAUUUGGAAGAGACAGAGUAUUUGAAGGUGAAAUGCAAGAAGUUAUUAGCUGAAAAGAUGGAGAGUGAGAUUAUGAAUAAGAAUCUGUUGAAAGAGAAGAAAAUUGUUGAGAGGUUAUUGGAUGAAUCUGAGGCAGUGAGUUUACGACGCACGAUUGAGAUAAUCACUCAUGAUAAAGUUGAAAUGGAGGAAGCAAAAAUGGAAGUGAAAAAUGUCGUUAUGGACUUGCGAAGAGAAUUGAGUAAAGUGAACGAAGCUAUGACAUCUGAGUCUAGCAUGGCUAAGAACAAGAGAAAUGAAGAGUCGGUGUCUCAGAUGGGCUGUUCUCGAGAAAAUCCAAAUGAAGUCUCACCAGAGAAGGACAACCUUAGUUUACGAUCGAGGACAAGAAGAGAAAGUUGA